AUGCAAAUAAAUAAUCAACAUCUUUGUGCUCCUUGGAAAUCUCGGGCAGACCGGGAGAUAACAGGGGACAAGAGCAAGCGUUCUGUCAUCCCAAGUAUUCGGGAUCCGGGAGGUGGACAAGCGAUCAAUCAACCGAAGGGCCUGUCUCCCAGCAUUUCGGCUCGUCCCGUAAAAUUCGCAAGUUUCGCCGUAUAUGGAACGGGAUCUCUUCCUAUUCGGGUCUCCAAAUCCGACGACAGUAGUAUCAUGGGAUUUGACAGAUAUUCUUGGGUACGGGGUAUCAUCUGUAUGCAACUCCAUCCUCCAACUCUCCUGUCGUCGGCUAUGAGACGAUACGACGCCAUUCUGAAAAUCCCACCAUUCGCCCUCGCAUGGAGUGUCUCGAUAAUGCUAAAGCUCCUAUCGAAUUCUUUACCUGUCACAAUUGACAAUAUCAUCAUGAGACUGUAG